AUACAUAACAGAGUGUGUAUCGAGUUGGACGCAGGCGGAGGCUUCUAGUCAAAAUUAUCUAUUUGUUUGUUUAUUUAUUUAUUUAUUUCGUUUAAAAGAGUUUGUUUCUCAGUGAAAAUGAGCAGCACUCGGAGCAUGUGCAUGUUCUCGGAUAUCAGAGCAGGAGACAGAGCGGAUGGGUGCCGGAGACUCCGACUGACCCUGUACGACCAAAUCCAGCAGCAGCCCACUGUAGGAAAGCCAAUAGGGAGAGCAUUUGCUUUGGUGCAGCCAACUAGUGAGAGGCAGCCGCUGAAGAACGAGCCCAUCAAAGUCGAAGAGAAGGUUGAAGUCAUAAAGGUGUAUCUGCAAGCGCAGAAAAAGGAACAGGACAAGAAUCAGCAGAGUCUGAAGAUGCUCUCGGAUGAGGUUUCACAAAUACAAGAGGUGCGAUACUGUUUGAAGAGCCUGAGGGAACAGAUGGCAGCAAAAAACAGCCACAGAACAGAGCACAAGGUGCAGUUAACUCAAACUGGUGUGAGCAGAGGGAAUUGUGCUCUGACAUCACUAUCAACACAUGACAGUGACGACAAACAGGAGUCUGUGGAUGAACAGGAGCGAGAAAGGAUGAGGGAAGUCAGCAAGAGACUGUACACUCAGCUUCAAGAGGCAGAGAAAAGACACCAAGAGGAGACAGAGAAAUUACAGGUUGAGGCAGGUCAGUACAAAAGGCAGCUGUCUGAGCAGAGUGAUCAGCUGAAGGAAGCUCAUCUUAGAGCACAGCAGCAGGACCAGCGCAUCAGAGAGCUCCAGCGGUUGAUGGGCGGCAUGGAACAGGAGAGCUCGUCCCUCAGGGAUGAGUUAAUGACCAGGGAGGCGGAGCUGCUGCAGCUGCGGGAGCUGAAAGAAGAGGGUCAAGCUGACAGAGAGAGAUUGGAGGAGUUGGAGAAGGAGAAUGCUAUCAUUAAGGAGAAGAUACACCACCUUGAUGAUAUGCUCAAGAGCCAGCAGAGGAAACUCAGACAGAUGAUUGAACAGCUGCAGAACUCGCGAAUGGUAAUUCAGGAGAGGGACCGUGUCAUCAAAGAACUUGAGGAGAAAGUUGCUUUCCUUGAAGCAGAGAACAGAGAGCUGCGUGAUCAGAUGGACUAUUUCCUGAACGGUCAAAGGUCAAACUCUGGCCUGUUGUCAGAUUCCAGUGCUCAAAUUGUCUACAGUAAGCCUCUGAAGCCCUCCACACAAAGUAACAAGAGUCUGCCGUUCAUUAAAGUCAUAGAGAUCAAGUCAUGAACAUCUGUAACAACAUUAUCAUAAUCCGUAUCUGAAUGCAGCAGGUCAUUAGUCGUCUCCGUACAUUCUCAAGCACAACAGAUUGUAAUGAUACACAGUGUCUCGUGCUACGAACCACAGCUGCACAGUGCCCUUGCUAUCUAUCCUAACGACCACAGACGUACACGACUGCAGCUCAACACAAUAAGCAUUGUCAAUUUUGUAUGUAAUUAAUUCCAGUUAUAUAUUGAUGUAAAUAAUCUAGGUGUAGGUUUCAACAUGUCACAACGUGCCUGUGAGCAUGCAUAAACUGACUUGAACUCAGCUGAAGUAUGAGUUUAGAGGUGUUAAAUACCUGUAGAGUAGCUUUUAACCAGAAUGAAGAAUAGUGCACCAAAGCAUAACUGAGUAAAGAGAGGGAGUGAAUGGUGUGGUAUUCCUUUGAGGCUGGCCCUCUGGACACAAUACUGCCUUUUUGUGAAUACACAGGCAGAGGGAAACACUGUGGCCCUUUCACUUUCUCUCACUCUGUCUAUUUGGCUUGAAGUUGAAUUACUUAAUAUCUGACUGUUUUAAUUAUUAAACACACAGAUCCUAUGAUCAUCAAAAAAGCUCUUAACAGCUAACAAAUUUGUGUAAAGAUAUGGAGAGGGAGCAGAGAGCUUUACCAGAUGCUUGAGAUUAAUGAAGGAAUUGAAGACUAUCUGUAUGGUUUUGAUUCAUGCAUGCAGCUGAGUGCCCAGACAAGGUGCUAAAAAUAUUCUACUAAGUCCACAAUCUUUUUAAUGAUGCUACUCAAAAGAGAAGUCGUUGAUGAGCUAGGAGGUGGAAACCUGUUUAAUUUGCUAUGUAAACCCAAACCACACCAGUUGUUUUGUUCUGUUGGGAGGGAGUGAGCAGCACUCGUAUUGAGUUUCAGCCUUUAGUUUGAGAUCUUUUCUGGGCACUAAAUCUGAGUUACACCCUUAGCAUAGGUCAGUUAGAAACCUACUAAAAUGUUAACCUAUUUGUAACUUGUCAUGAUCUCCACUGUCCUGAAAUAUUUGACUGUUUCAAUUAAACAAUAGAAAAAUUAAACAAAUUUUUAGAUAGACCAAAAUGCCUUGCCAAAAAAAUUUGAGACUCUGUCAGGAGUUUGAGACCUUCUGUCAGGACAGUAAAAUGAGUAUAAAGUAACAAUCCUCAUUACUUAGAUGAGUUAAAGAAGGAUCUUGGAAAUUUCAUGUAUAUAAAAAAAAUUUAUUGGACUCUGUUGAAAAAUGCAUUUCACUAAUGUUUAAUUCACCACCAGGUUUUGUACAUAUUUGCUUACUCAAGAAACUUCUCAGUUCCUGCUUUUUGUGUAUUUAGAUUCUGUAACUGUCCAUAAAUGGCCUUCAACUUUGCACUUACCGUCUGCUCUUUAUUUAAUAUAAAAAAUAUUUUUGUAGUGAAACAUGAGUGGUUUUAUAGUUGCUGUAUUAAAUACCAUGUAUAUUUAUGCAAGAUGAACUUUUAAUAAAGUGAUCUAAAAUA